CGAGAGACCCCUCCCAUUCCCAUUCCCAUUCCCCUGCCGUUCCGUUCUACUAAACCCCUCCCUCCGUCGUCUACUUCUAGACUCCCAGCCCAUCCGCCCAUAUAUCGCUUCUUCCGCCGCUCCGCUCCGCUUCCCUUCCACGCGCACCAACCGCCGCCUGCCUGCUCUUCGAUUCCCCCGAGGCCCCAGCAGGACAAGGAGCAGCAACCCCUUCUUCUGCUUCUGCUUCUGCUUCUUGUUCUUGGUGCGGUGCGCGGGCAUGGCCAUCGACCACGAGUCGCCCUUCAAGGAGCUCCGCCUCAAGAACAGGAGGAUCAUGGGAGGCGGCGCCCCCGAGCCGGACGAAGAGGAGGCGGAGGCGCAGGUGGCCGCGCCGGCGGCGGCGGGGGAGGAGGAGCAGUGGCCGCAGUGGCUGCGCCCGCUGCUGUCCGCGCGCUUCUUCGCGCAAUGCAAGACGCACACCGAGUCGCACCGCAGCGGCGAGUGCAACAUGUUCUGCCUCGACUGCGCCGCCGGCGCGGCCGCCGGCGCGGCGGCGCUGUGCUCGCUGUGCCUCGCGCACGCGCACCGCGGCCACCACACCAUCCAGAUCCGCCGCUCCUCCUACCACGACGUCAUCCGGGUGUCGGACAUCCAGCGCUUCAUGGACAUCGCCGGCGUGCAGACCUACGUCAUCAACAGCGCGCGCGUCGUCUUCCUCAACGAGCGCCCCCAGCAGAAGCAGCCCGGCAAGGCAGGCGGCGGCGGCGCCGGCAGCGCCAACCUCUGCGAGGUCUGCAGCCGCAGCCUGCUCGACAACUUCCGCUUCUGCUCCCUCGGCUGCAAGGUCACCGGCUGCUCCUCCGACGGGGGCGGCAACGACAAGGCGAGGACGAUGACGCGGGCCAGCAGGCCCGGCCGCGCCAAGGGCUCGUCAGACUCGGAGGCGGCCUCCUCCUCCUCUCCCCUGCGCAAUGCCGGCAGGCAGAGCUUCACGCCGUCCACGCCGCCGCCGCCGCCGCCCCCAGCGGCCAAGCGGCGCAAGGGCAUCCCGCACCGGGCGCCGUUCGGCAACCUCAUCAUCGACUACUAGGCGGCGCGCACCGCCCGCCAUUGACAAAGCUGCGACCCGCACGCCCAGUUGCAGAGUGAAUGGAGCGAGAAAGCGGCCACCACUUCGGUGCCCGCCAUUGCCUUCGGUUGUGCUUCUCGAUGUGGAUUCCACCAUUAGCUUUUCAGGGAGAAAGCAGGCAGGCAAGAAAGGGAGGUGGAUGGAUGGAAGCACAGCUGAAAAAGCACCAGCCUUUUCUUACCGCUUAUAAUCAUCUUCUUCAUCAUCAUCAUCGUCACUAGGACAGAAACCAAAAAUUACCACACCACAGAGAGAUUAUUACUGUAUAUGAUUAUGGCCCUGCUCUACUACUAUUUCUACCACCACACUAGACUUGAGUUUUGUGAUAAAUGUUUCUAGGUAAUACCAGGCAAUGCGCCGGUGGUAAGCUAGCUAGCUAGGGUAAUAAGCGAUUGCUACUUGUUAAUCAGUUUUUGUGAUAGCUUGUGCUUUCUUCAUCUGUAAAUAUGGAGUGCUGGGAGAGGAUGGACGACUGCUUGUUAAGAAAUAUGGUGUUGCUCAACCUUCAA